AUGUUGCACCAUGCGGGAAACUUUCUGCCUGGAGCGACGAAGGUGCCACUGGCACCGUUGACCAAGGAGGACGUGGAGUUUGCAGAGUACAAGGAAGACGUCGCUGGCCCAAACAACACGGGCGGGUUCAUCAUGUUCGAUGACAUCGACAAGUUCCAGCCGUUUGUCGAGUCGGAGAAAUGUCCGCUUCACGACGCGAUUAAGAUCGAAGCCAUGGUCAAAGAGCUGCCCAGGGUGCUGGCCGAGAAGUCGUACGAGCUCGGUGUGUGCUUCAUGAUCGAUGUCGUCAAGGAAUUCAAUCCGCGACCGUUCGACGUUGUGAAGUGGCGAGCGAUCAAGGGCAAGCGCGUGAAUGACAAGCGACCACUCGAGUACAUUCGAGUGGGAUUGAAACACCCGAGCGAAACCUUCAUCGAGUACGUGGGGGUGUACUGCCACAUGUUCUUUUCCAACCGACAGCGCAUGCCUCGAACCUACUUGGACAUGCGGGUGGCGUUGGAGAACUUUGCCGAGCACCGCAACACCCAGCCUCGAAUGGAUGGCGCCACUGUGGGUCAACUGGCAUGGGCAUAUCGGACGAAGCAGGCGUAUCCGCGACAGCAGGCCACCACCCCAUUCAUCACGCCACUGGAAGUCAAGGUGCCGCCAACUCAAAACGAUGAGAAGCCGCUUUUUCCUUCGACAAGUCUAGACGACAAGAAGCCGCCGCCAUCCCGACAUCGGGACCAUUCCCAUGAACGGCCACCAUCCCGACAUCGGGACCAUUCCGAGGACAGGCCGCCCUCGCGACAUCGGGACCAUUCUGAGGACAGGCCGGCAAAGCGCCGUCGAUCCCGCGAUCGAGAACCAACACGACAUGCAAAGUCACCAAGGAAGGCACGCUCGAUCGAACGCGAGUCGAAGUCUUCGCCUCGUCGAUCCCGCCACCGAUGGCCUGAGAUCCCAUCACCACCACGUCCACGACGACGACGGUCCCGAUCACGCGAUCACGACGAGAGUGGCGGCGCACGUAGUUUGGCACGAAGCAACCCACGACCAGCACCAGGACAAGGCUCCCCCUAUCGAGAUGGCACGGACAGCUCGUCGGAUUCGUUAUGCACUCGACAAGACACACGCUCCAAGUCACCAGAACGCCCUGUGACUCGACCACAACCACCCCCGGCUGAAACAGAUCGGACACCCCACCACACCGAACCAUCCGCCGCCGUGUCUUCGUUCGUGGCCAACCGUCAUCGCACCCCCAGCAACUUGGCGCCACAACCAUCGCACCCCAUAAAUCUCCCCCGCGAUCGGAUGGCUGCAGGGCCAGACAAAGUGCCGCCUGCACCAGUUGUGGUGAUAGAAACACCCCCGCCUCCCGUCGCCGCCACCACUGCACAUGACGUCGAGGUUGAGUCUUCCCCCAGACAAGACAGCCCCACGAAUCCGGCCCCUCAUAACCCUCGCACACCGGACAGUCGCCAGGCCGAGGUUCCCCCGCUACCCGCUUCAACGACGCCACCACCGUCCAACCCACCGCCGCGAAAAACUCCACCAAGUGACAGCCAGACACAGCCAAGUCCGACAAUGCAAGUGGCGAUCGCCCAGACAGUAGAGUCGUUGGACGCUUUGGCCGAAGUCAAGCACGAACAGCGCGUCCCCGAUGCUGCAGCUGUUGUAGCAUCGCUACGCCCCACGCCCGUGCGACCGUCAAGUAUGCCCAUGGGAUGGCCACAGCCUAGUGCCGCCUCUCAAAGAGCUCACGCCCCUGCGGCAGCACCGUCACCGCCAAGUUCGGUCCCGAUGGGGCCAACGGUCAAGCUGGAACGAGCACCUCCCCCCAACACCCCUUUGCCGCCGACAAGCCCAUCACCAAAAGUCAAACUCGAGCGGAUGUCCUCCACUACUACCCCCUUGCCGCCAGCACGUCCAUCAGCAUUCGGCAAUGCCAAGGCGACGCGACCCGCUGCGGUCGUACCGAAUGUAGUAGUUCAACCAGUCCCUGCUACUACGAUGAUGGGAACGCGUGUGAAGCAAGAGCCAGUUCGCGCCAGCAACGAAAGGGCCCCACCGCCACCACACAUCCCUCAGUCCGCAGCCGACCUGGUGCGAAGAACAUCCUCCUCCAACGUCCCCGCGCCAUUAGCCCCGACGACGUCAGGUACCGGACAUGGCACACAUUCACGAACAGCCGCUGCCGUGGCAAAGGGUACAGUCGACAUGCGUGCCAGCACACGAUUCCAAGGGCAUACAAACUCGGUCGUCCCUGCUACGGUGGUGGAAGUGCGAGUGAAGCAAGAAAUGAUGGACGCCACCAACACAACGCUGCAGGUUCAAGUCGUUUCGAAUCCCCCGGCUGCCCCUCCAAUUGCUGAUGCGACGUGGGCAGCUCAAUUUACAGGGCCACCAGCCAACGCCCACCCAAGUCGUCGUCAUUGUGAACGCCACGUCAUUGCCGGCCAAACGAUUGGAUUGACCCCCGAAGUGACUGUGAAACCUGAACCGGAGCACGAUACAGACCAGUUGGCGGGGCCAUCGAAUGGACCCCUCAAGGGCGCCAACAGUCGACGCGUGUCUCCCUCGAUGGGACACCAGUCUCAUCAGACAACUUCACGGGUCGCUGGCCCCCACAGCGUCGCAGCUACAGCAUCAGCAGUGGUUCCAACGGCAGAAGUGUUUGUGAAGUCGGAGCCAGGGCUUGCAACGACGGCUUCCCCAUCACCUGCCCCACGACAGUCAAAUAGAAAUGAACGUUUCUUGAGUGACAACCUCAACGCGCAUGGCCAGAGCGCAUUGCAACGAACGGACCCCCCAGUUGUGACCAGCGUAGCAGAACCACCGGCCGUGAAGAAUGUGGCGCAGCACGUGGACGAACUUCGCGAGUGGCUGCAACAUUGGCAAGCGUCACAGGGUGGACUGUUCCGGCAGCAGCAGCCUUCGCAUGAAACUGCACAAGUGGCCUACCGCGACUUGAUGCCCACGUUGGAUGCCAAGGUCAAGGCGCUGCAACAGCAAAGAAUGGAGUUGAGUCAGAUCAAUCAAGCGGCGCCAGCACCCGCGGCGGAAGCGUCGACUGGUGCCGAAGACGCCAAGGGGAUCGUGGCAUGGGGUGUGGGUCCUGGAGGCACGCAGUGGCCCGUGCUCUGGUCUGGGACGGAGCUGAUGUACCUAUUUGGAACGCACGAGUGGCGAACGGUGGAUGUCGACGCAUUGCAAGAGUGGAAUGGCCCCCACCACGAUGCGUUGUCUACUGGCCCUGUCAAGGUCGCCUUGCGGCAAUUGUUUCAAGACGCCAUGACGGAAGCUACGGACUUUGCCUCUGCCAUACGACCGUUGGCUGUGUGA